UAUUUAUAUAUAUAUAUAUCUAUAUCCUAUCUUUCUCUCUAUAUAAAACCAUCAAUCACUGUUUUGUAUUGAUGUGUGAAGAUUCAACUAUGGUUUCUUCUCCUUCCAUUGCUGGCGUUGAAGUUUUGAAUUCAACUGCAGAUGGAAAGAAGCACAUUACAUCCGAGGAAUUAAAGAAGCACAACAAGGCUAGUGACCUCUGGAUUUCGAUUCAGGGCAAAGUGUACAAUGUUACAGAGUGGGCUAAAAUACACCCGGGUGGUGAUAUUCCGCUCAUGAAUCUUGCUGGUCAGGAUGUAACCGAUGCAUUUAUUGCUUUUCAUCCUGGCACAGCUUGGAAACACCUUGAUAAACUCUUCACUGGGUAUCAUCUAAAAGAUUAUAAAGUUUCUGAUGUGUCCAAAGAUUAUAGAAAGCUUGCUUCUGAGUUUGCAAAAGCUGGGAUGUUUGAAAAGAAAGGGCACGGUGUGAUUUAUUCACUUUGUUUUGUAUCGUUGCUUCUCUCUGCUGUUGUAUACGGGGUAUUGUUCUCUAGUAGCUUCUGGGUUCAUAUGUUGGCAGGGGCGUUAUUGGGAUUAGCCUGGAUGCAGAUCGCGUAUUUAGGUCACGAUGCGGGUCAUUAUCAAAUGAUGGCUACUCGUGGGUGGAACAAGUUCGCAGGAAUCUUUAUCGGGAAUUGUAUAACAGGAAUUAGCAUAGCGUGGUGGAAAUGGACACAUAAUGCUCAUCACAUAGCUUGUAAUAGUCUCGAUUAUGAUCCCGACUUGCAACAUUUACCCAUGCUGGCGGUCUCCAAUAAAUUGUUCAGUUCGUUGCAAUCUGUAUUCUAUGGGAGACAGCUGACUUUUGACCGGUUGUCUCGGUUUUUCGUGAGCUAUCAACAUUAUUCUUAUUACCCAAUCAUGUGUGUCGCGAGGGUCAACCUUUAUCUCCAAACAUUAAUAUUGCUGGCCUCUAAAAGAAGAAUCCCUGAUAGAGGCCUCAACAUUCUCGGGACCAUCGUUUUCUGGACUUGGUUUCCGCUUCUUGUGUCAUACCUACCUAACUGGCCAGAGCGAGUCGCGUUUGUUUUGGUUAGCUUUUGUGUCACCGGGAUCCAACAUGUUCAAUUUACACUGAACCACUUUGCAGCAAACGUGUAUGUGGGUCCACCAACAGGUAACGAUUGGUUUGAGAAGCAAACGAAUGGGACCAUUGACAUCUCGUGUUCAUCAUACAUGGAUUGGUUCUUUGGUGGUCUACAGUUCCAACUCGAGCACCAUUUAUUUCCCAGGUUACCUCGCUGUCAUUUGAGGUCAAUUUCUCCAAUCGUUAGAGAACUUUGCAAGAAACACAAUUUGCCAUAUAUGAGUCUGUCGUUCUUCGAUGCCAACAUAAAAACACUCAAGACACUAAGAACUGCAGCUAUGCAGGCUCGUGAUCUAACAAACCCUGCUCCCCAGAACUUACUAUGGGAAGCUGUCAACACUCAUGGUUGAGUUCAUGUUUAUUAAACCUUUUCACCCCUACAAUCUAUCGAUGUACUACUCUCAUCUAUUAUGAGCGUUUUUGGUGCUCUGUUUUUGUAUUGUAAUUCUAAUUACGGAUCUUGUUUAUUUAUAGAGUCUGUCUUGAUUAUCAUCUAGUAUGUUUUAUUCUUAUCAUUAGUGCUGUGUUUAUCAUAGCAUCGGAAGCGCCCUGUACUUUCCAGUUUGAACUAGUUUCGGAGAUGAUCCGUUUCAUUGGGUUAGGUAAUUUUAGAAUUAUGUUGGUUUUC